AUGGCGUUCGCGCGCUCCGGGCUCCACGCGCGCGCGGCCGCGCGCGGGCUCGCGCGAUGGACGACGCGCGCGCGCACCGUGGGCGUCGCCCGCGACCGCGCUCGAGCGUCGCGGGCGUCGCCGAGGGAGGAUGACGCGACGACGCGCGAUGAUAGCGUCGUCACCGAGACCGACGCGACCGCGCCCGAGCGUCGAGGACGGUUCGUUCGCGCGUCGCCGAGCGCGUCGGCGCCGUCGGCGCCGCUUGGGUCGGGACCGGGGGACGUCGGGACGUCGGGAUCGGCGCCGCCGGCGAUGAACAUCAAAGUUAUCCCGCUGGAGACGACGAGGUUCCAGGGCGUGGCGAAAGCGACGGAGGCGGAGAGCGAGGACGAGGUACAGUUCCGUCGAGGGCAGUUGAUCGCGGGCGACGCGUUGGCGUUGGUGGUGUUCGCGGCGAUCGGGAGGGCGAACCACGGGGAAGGUUCGGGCGUGGUGGAGGCGCUCGCGACGGCGGCGCCGUUCGCGCUCGGGUGGUUCGGGGCGGGUACGUUGAUGGAUGCGUACGGUGACGACGCCCGAGGAAGCGACGGGAGCAAGGCGGCGGUCGUCGCGGCGAAGACGUGGGCGAUAGGCAUUCCUGCCGGUUUGGCGCUUCGGGCGCUCGGGAAGGGGGCGGCGCCGCCGACGCCGUUUAUCGCCGUCUCGAUGGUCGUCACCGCCGCGUUCCUCGUCGGCUGGAGAUAUGCCUUCGCGCGAAACAAAGCGCCGAUCGGUAAGAACAAGCGCGGGAACCCCCUCGAAUUCAUCAGUCUGCUAUCCAGCUUGGUCAAGCGAUGGUGA